AUGCUACCUCAAGUUCUAGUUUUCUCAGCUAAAGAAAUUUCGUCGACAAUGACGUUUUUUAAUAUAAGUGGAAAAGUUGCCAUCAUUACUGGAGGUGCUUCUGGUUUAGGAUUUCAGUAUGCCCGUAAUUUAUUGGAGAAAGGGUCAAAGGGAGUCACUUUGGCAGAUGUAUGUGAAGAAAAAGGAAUCAAAUCAAUUGAUGAGUUAAAUAAUAAAUUUGGUAACAACAAGGCUAUAUUCGUCAAAGCUGAUGUGACUAAUUACGAACAAUUUGAACGUGCAUUCAAGGAAACAAUAACUGCAUUCAAUCAGGUGGAUAUUUUAAUAAAUAAUGCUGGUAUAAUGAAUGAUACAGUGUGGAGGAAAGAAAUCGACAUUAAUAUAAAUGGCACUGUUCAUGGAAUUCUACUCGGCUUAGAGAAAUACAUAACUAAAUAUAAGUCCGGACCGGAGGGUUUAAUAAUAAACAUCGCCUCAGUUCUCGGUAUAAUGCCUGUUGGAUUUAUGCCUAUUUACGUAGGCACGAAAUUUGCAGUCCACGGUAUGACACUGGCAUGGGGAGUUCCUGCACAUUACGAGAGAACUAAAGUGAGGGUAGUAGGAGUUUGUCCAGGUAUCACUAGGACACCAUUGAUUAUAGAAUUGCCCAACAGAACUUUGGGACCGGAUUAUGAAGACCUUAAGCAAAUUGAAUUCGUUGGUGAAAAGCAACAAUCUCCAGAAGAAGUAGGUCCUUUAGUAAUGGAAAUUAUCGAGAGGGCACCUACAGGCACUAUUUGGGUAGUUGAAGGCGGAGCACCGCCUUUUCAGUACAAAAUGCGAGAUCGGUAUGGGCCAGAGGCAAGUGAGCCUUCCCUAGAAUAG